AUGGCUCCCUCGACCCUUUCGUUACCUCAACUAUUGCUGCUACCUAUUGGCUUGAUGUUGUGUGGCACGACGUUGGUGCUGGUCGAGGGCCGUGUAGUACAUAAUGUUUCUCCUGUAGUACACACCCAGACAAACAGUGAGACAAACUUCGGCAAGGAAAUGGUGGACGAGCACAAUGCAGUACGUACAUCAUUGGGUUUAGUCCCUUUGACAUGGAAUGAGACGGUGGCAGAAUACGCACAGAGAUAUGCCGACCAGAGAUCUGGGGAUUGCCAACUCGUACACUCACAGGGACCAUAUGGGGAGAACCUCUACUGGGCCUCAGGCGCUGCCGAAUUAGAGACUGCCACAGCUGCCGUGAAGGCAUGGGUAGAUGAGAAGAGCGACUACGACUAUGCCACCAACACCUGCGUUAAUGGCAAGAUGUGCGGGCACUAUACCCAGGUUGUGUGGAAGAAUUCCCAACAACUCGGCUGCGCCUCCGUUAAAUGCUCCGACAAUGCUUACUUGUCCGUCUGUAGCUAUUACCCUCCUGGCAAUUACAUUGGAGAACGUCCUUACUAA